AUGUCUCCUGCUAAAGGAACCGGUGUCUUGGCUCUUUUCCACAGUGCCAUGAUAGUGAUGGCACUGCCGCCAACACAGAUCUGCUUGUGUGGAGCAGCUCUCACCGGCAUGGCCAAGGCCUCGAGGUAUGUGGUGCACUCGGACUCCGAGUGCACCACAUACCUGACCUCCAACCACAGGAUUGAAGAGGAGAAGGUGUUUGAGAGACUCCACCUCAUGUACACUGUCGGAUAUUCAAUUUCUCUAGCAUCGCUGUUGGUAGCCGUCUCCAUCCUCUGCUAUUUCAAGCGGCUCCACUGCACACGCAAUUACAUCCACAUUCACCUCUUCACCUCCUUCAUAAGUCGGGCAGUCAGCAUUUUCGUGAAGGACACCGUGCUCUACUCCAUAUCUGAAGACAGAGAGGAUGACUUCAAUGCAUUGAAGCCCCCUAUGGCCGGCUGUAAAGCGGCCGUCACUCUCUUUCUUUAUUUCCUGGCGACCAAUCAUUACUGGAUCCUGGUGGAGGGAUUGUAUCUUCAUAGCCUCAUCUUCAUGGCCUUCCUCUCUGACAAGAACUACCUGUGGGCCCUCACCAUCAUCGGCUGGGGUGUUCCAGCUGUGUUCGUGUCUGUCUGGGUCAGUGCUCGAGCAUCGCUGGCGGACACACAAUGUUGGGACAUCAGUGCAGGGAACCUGAAGUGGAUCUAUCAAGUUCCCAUUCUGGCAGCUAUUGUUGUGAAUUUCCUCCUCUUUGUUAAUAUAAUACGUGUACUGGCCUCUAAACUGUGGGAAACAAACACUGGUAAAUUGGACCCUCGGCAGCAGUAUCGGAAGCUGCUGAAGUCCACAUUAGUCCUCAUGCCGUUGUUUGGAGUUCACUACAUGGUGUUCAUGGCUCUCCCCUACACUGAGGUCACAGGGCUGCUAUGGCAGGUUCAAAUGCAUUACGAGAUGUUCUUCAAUUCAUCUCAGGGCUUUUUUGUGGCAUUCAUCUACUGCUUCUGCAAUGGAGAGGUGCAGGCGGAGGUAAAGAAGGCGUGGUUAAGACGCAGCCUCGCUCUGGACCUCAAGCAGAAAACCAAGAUGACCAGCAGCGGAGGCAGCUGUUACUAUGGCGGCAUGAUGUCUCACACCACCACACACAGCGUCAGUCUGUCUGCUGCCAACCCCCGGGCUCUGUCCUCAGGAGGAGCCUCGGGUGGGGGGGCAGGGGUCAGGCCGCCACGCCACGGCUCCCUCCACCCGCAGAGCAGCCUGCCUGGAUACGUGCCCGGUGAUGCUGAGACCCCCGGCCCCCAGCAGGAGCUGCCAGUGAGGAAGCCAUCCGGGACGGAGAAGGGAGUUUUUGCCAGGCACACCAGAGCCAGCAAGGAAAAUCAUGACAGCAAAACUCAUGGAGCACCUGAGGCACAAAACCCAGGAGCAGAAGAUCCAGACAGCAGCUUAUCUCUGCAAGAGCUGGAGACCAUCCUGUGAAUGUUUUCAGUAUUUGAGGGAUGAGCAUAAAUGAAGAAGUCAUUUCUACAAACCUCUUUGUUGUUUUGUAAGACUGAGGACCUACAUGACAUUUUUAGGGUUUACUUGUGUUGGGAUUGUUUUGUCAAGGUCAGGAAAAACGUUAAGUCUCUCAACUUUUUUGUUCGUCAUUUAUUUAUACAACUAAAGGUAGAAAGGCAAGGGGGGGAAAGAGAGGGGAAUACUUCGGGGAAAUCUGAUUUUUACCUGUGUUGCUUCAGUAUGGACUGGCAAAACGUUGAACAUGGAGUCCUUGAAGGGCUCAGGAAAAUGGACGACUACAAUUCCAUGACAGCUAUUUGCUCAUGGAGAUUUUGUGAAUUUAUCAAAAACUGAGCAGAGCUUAUUAUAAGGAAUCACUCUGUACAUUUUCAUUGUUAUGAGGAUGAUACUCAACUAUAUUUAUCCAUCAAGCCUGAUGAAACCAAUCAUCUA